AUGCCUUCGGAAUUUCUCGGUGGUCAUCAUUGCGCUCAGUUGAUAGCUAAGCCUGGCGAGAAUCGCCUAGCUCUCGAGAAGGAGUACUAUUGGCCUAAUGGCUCGGAGAUUGUUGUCAACAUGUGGGGGCAGAGCGACUUCGUCCGGAGCAAGGUCAUGCAGGUAACCAUCCAUACAAUAAUGCUCACGAGAUUACCUGAUACAGAUGCUGACUCGGAUCAGUUUGCUAACGAAUGGACCCGCUAUGCGAACAUAACCUUCAAAUGGAUGGAGCGCGACGCCCCUGGUGAUUCCGACAUCCGCGUCUCCUUCGACCGAGAUGGCUACUGGUCGUACAUUGGCACCAAUUGCCAUGCUAUCAGCCAAGACCAGCCUACCAUGAACUACGGUGGGAUGACAGAUGACAUGACCGACCUGGAGUUCAGUACAGCUGUGUGCCAUGAAUUUGGUCACGCGCUUGGCUUCAUCCAUGAACAGGCGUCCCCAGUUGCUAACAUUCAAUGGAAUAAACCAGUUGUGUAUGAGUAUUACAAAAGGGUCCAUGGAUGGGACAAGGAUGCUGUUGAUUGGAACCUGUUUGCAUCCGCGAAGCAAGAGGACGUUAUCAACUCGAGAUACGACCGAACAUCUAUCAUGCAAUACUCCUAUGAUGCUAGUAUGACACUCGAUGGUUCCUCCGCACCAUGGAACCGAGUCAUCUCCAGCCUUGACAAGGUCUUCGCCAUGCGACUAUACCCCAAGGAUGGUAUCCAGCGUACUACUACAGACGGUGUCUACUUCAUCAACCGUGAACGCAACGGGCAAGAAGCAUCUGGAAUCGCGUACUACUCGCACUUCGGUAACAAUGACGGUCAGCAGCCUGAUACCUACGUCGAAGUUUCCAAUGGAUCUUUUGCUUGGUGGGAGAAUGGCGGAGAAGCGACCUUCGGUGGAAGCGGACAUGUCAUCAAGUGGAACUUGGCUGAUGAUGCUGGACGAUCACCACUCUAUACACGAGUCGGAUUUGCAGAUAAAGAAGGCGAGAAGUGGAAUGUUUACCGCGAUGACAGUCGUGUCUUGUUUGAGCAGGAUGGAUGGCAGUUUCGUGCUAUGUUCUGGGCCUUCUGA